UCGCCGACCGACGCAGUUGUGCUCGCGCCGUCUUCCUAGCGGGACGCAUGGUGUCAAGUGUGUGGUGUCGUGUCAGUGCUCACAAAUGUCGGCCCCAGGAUCUGGGCCCACCGCCCCUCGCACCGCCCCCCUCCCCCCCGACGGCGGCUGGGGCUGGGCCGUCGUCUUCGGAUCCUUCAUGAUACACAUCGUCACUGACGGAAUUACAUACUCCUACGGAGUGUUCUACGACGAAUGGAUCAAAUACUUCGGCGAAGAAAAAAGUUUAACGGCUUUAGUUAGUGCGAUCCUCGUUGGUACAACUCUCUGCUCAGGGCCAGUUUCAAGUGCUUUUGUAAAUAAAUAUGGAUGUAGGCCGGUAGCAAUAGCUGGCUCGCUUAUCGCAAGUUUAGCCUUGAUCAUCAGCGCAUAUGCUAACAGUGUUCACACACUUCUGAUCACGGCUGGGCUGGGCACAGGUCUGGGCUUCGGGCUGAUCUACCUGCCGGCGAUCGUGAGCGUGACAUGUUACUUCGAGAGGUACCGCUCGCUGGCGACGGGGAUCGCCGUGUGCGGCUCCGGCUUCGGGACGUUCAUCCUGGCCCCGCUCCUGACCAAGCUCACGGAGCACUUCGGCUGGCGGACCUGCAUCCUCUGCACGGGGGUCUUCGUCCUCUCCUGCAUCUUCUUCGGCCUCCUCUUCCGCCCCCUCGAGGAGAUCGAGAUCCCCGAGUCCGAGGAGGCCAAGAUCGCCGACCCCAAAGCCGCCGCCGUCAUCGUCUCCGUCACCGACGUCGAUCAUCCCCAAAAAGGUGAGGAAGGGACGCGGAACAGCUCGGCGGAGGACAUCCCUUCGGCGGUAGGGAACGGGGAGAUGGGAGGAACGCAACAGCGACCGCACUCGGUGCACGGUCACUACUCGAUCCUCCCGCAGAACGGUUCGGCGACGACCCCCUCGGCCAAGCUCUUCGUGAGCGACAAGCACCUGCCGACCGAGAACGCCUACAGCCGCUUGGCCCUUAGUCAGCCGCUGCUCUACAAGGGCCCGGCCGGCACAGGUGCCCACGACCACUCGCACAAGAAACACAAGAUCCACGCCAGCCACUCCAACCUCAAGAACGCCCAUAGUGGGGUCAUGUACCGCAAGGAUGUCUUCUACAGCGGCAGCACCAAAAACCUCCACCAUGAUGAAUCUACCAAUAAAGAGGGAUUAUCUAAAACGGGAGACCAUGUAUCGGAAGAGACAAAACUUGUCCCUUGCAAUGGUGAAAAUCAUGUUUACAUAUCCCAGCAAAUAUCCAUUGAUACACCUGUUUGCAGUACACUAAUCUGCUCGCCAGAAACAAAGGAUACUCUCAAUGAAAUGCUCGACUUCUCUUUGUUCAAAGAAGUUCUCUUCACUCUUUUCGCAUUGUCUAAUUUCCUCACCAGUGUGGGAUUCAAUAUACCAUUCACUUUCAUUAUCAACUUAGGGGAAGAGAGGCUCGUUCCUAGAGACCAGCGAAGUUACCUUUUGGCCAUUGUGGGGAUAGCAAACACUGUUGGCAGGGUCGUGCUUGGAUAUAUUUCAGAUAAACCUUAUAUCAACCGAUUGUACAUAUAUAAUGGAAGUCUAACAAUAGGUGGCAUCGCCACUAUUCUAAGUGCCUUUUGCGAUGACUUCUGGAGUCUUGCAGUUUAUUGUGCUGUCUUUGGUUUCACGAUCGGAGUCUACGUAGGAUUAACAUCAGUUGUGCUGGUUGAUUUGAUCGGGCUGGAUAAACUCACCAAUGCUUUUGGGUUGCUCCUCCUUUUCCAGGGUAUUGCAUCAUUUGUUGGAUCCCCUCUCGCUGGUUUUCUGACUGAUAAAACGGGGACGUACACGUGGGGUUUUCACUUGGCCGGAGUUUGCAUCGCGUUGAGUGGCAUGAUGUUGUUCGUCGUUCCAUCAAUACAAAGACGCCGCGAGAAAACGAAAAAAUUAGAGCAGUCAGAAAACAUUGCCGCCGAAGACUGCAGCUAGUAUCAGGCUUUCUUUGGUGUUCUAAUGCCAAACAAAAAGCGAAUUCACUCCUUAUGAAAUGUAAACAAAGGAUUUCAAGAAACAAAAGACUCAAAUCAAAUCUAUUCUUGAAACAAAUAUUUUUUAUUUUUGUAACCAGCAGAAACUGUCCAAAUGUGUUUUCCUUGUUGAACCUGAGUUUUUUCUAUAAUUUUCAAGACAUUUUUGUGAUUUCCCUCGUAAGAGGUUUUUGUGUGAUUCAGAUCAUGUUUAAGUAAAAUGAAUAUUUCUAGCACAACUAGAUUACCAACCUACCUACCGACAUUAUGAUGAAAAUUAAUUGGAAGCAAGAAAAGGAAGCAUUUUGAAAUAAUUUAUCUCAUGCUAAAUUGAUAUUUUAUCCAGGAUAUCAGUAUUCUUGCAGUCGGAGGGAAAUUUUCUCACUAAAAUGAAGUGCUGUUUUUAAUCCUCUCUCGUGAAAUUUAAUUUAUGCACCCGCCUAGUUCACAAAAAAUUGUCGAACAGUCCUUACCGAGAUUCCACCCUGCAAAGCUAUGUUGCAGCAACAUUGCGACAACAUUACCCGUUGACAUGGGAAUUUUAGCUUGCAACAUUGCAGCAAUGAUGAUGCAAUCUUACGUAUGAAAUGGAUUGCAACAUUGCAUGUGACGUUCACAGAAACAGGAACAUAACAUGACUACAUUACAGAAACAUAGCAGGGGGAUGUUAACAGCAACUUUAUUAGGUAACCCUGCUGAAAUUUUCCCCUGGGAAUUUCACCCAGGUACAGUACACCUUGGAACAGUUAUGCCGUCGGCCGAUAGGCGUUUAAUUUGCAUAGAGUGCACAUAGAGUCGUACUGUGAAUGGGAGAGCUGGGGCCAUGUCCUGAACGACGAGUUCCAAGCUCGGUGUGCGCCCAGCUUCGGUCACUUUUUCGAUACAUUUUCGAUCCAAAAUGGCAAUGUAGAAUACUUUAUAAUUCCUAACCUUUUUGUUUAUAUUGGAUGGCCGAGUCUCGUAGAUCGGAAACAAUCGAUUUUGUAUCGAAAUAGUGACGCGGCGUGACACAGGAGUCUUGGAAUUCGGGAACCGGAAAAUGCUAUAAAGUGAUCCCAUCUCUUCCACACACAAUACGACUCUAUGUACUCCAUGGUAAUUUGAAGGUUUGAGGUCAAACACGCGAGGGGGUGGGAUGCCUCUUUACAAUUUCUUUACUGUAAUUUUCGGAGUGUUUUCGGAAAGCCGUCCGUCUCUGCAGAAGUCGAAACUUCGUCAGCUUCCAUGUCCAAUCGGUCCAUGGCGUCACUUAACUUGCAAAAAAAUCAUGUAGUCUUUAAAAUUCUGGAUGAAAACUGUAAGAACGUGGCUAGAAGGAGGGAAUUGUGCGCACUUGGAUUAUAGUACCCUGGGAAAAAUGCACAAAUAACACAAUUUAUAGUGGCCUACGAGGUCAGAAGAGUCUGUCACCACGGUUACGUAGUGCGUAGAAGAGUGACUUUAUCAAAGCGACUUUGUCGCGACGGCUUAUCAAACAAUACCCUCAUCUGCCUCUGCGUAUUUUUAUUCAAUGUUAUCUGAUUUAUGUAAAACCCUCGUCAGAUCCCGAUUAAAUUUCGUUCGAGUUUCGAAAAAAACCUGAAGAAAAUUGGACAAAAAUUUACUAGCAAACCCAGACAAACUGGGCCAAAUUUUCGCGUCUGGGCAACGUUGCAAUCAUGUUACGUAGACAAUAUUGCUAGAACAAUAUUACCUGCAAAAUUACACCCAACUCCUCUGCAGGGUGGGAAAUCAUUUUCCAAUAUCACAUUUUUUUUAAAUGCAAUGUGGCUUUGUAAAUACCCAGAUACUGAACAUGUGCUUAGUUGAAACUCGUAGGUAACCAGUCUUCUAAUAUCAAAAUUACCAAACAUUCUUAGUCAUUUUAGAGUUGUAAGUCAUCAGUUUGUCGAUGUUGUCGGAUCAUUUGGAACGGAGAGAUGUAUAAUACAGGGUGCGUGGCCCAGACCUACCGUACCAGGCCUUUUUUUCGGUUCAUUUGGGUCGUACGAAGUUCAGGAUUGCGGGGAUGAAUAAAUCGACGCAAGGAAACUGAAUUUCAUGGUCCCUGAUUCCCCCCGACGCCCGUUGGGGGGGGGGGUAAAAGGGGGUCCGUACCUCAAAAGCCAGGGUUCAUGUCCAAAUUUUGAAAUUAUUUAAUCGGCAUCAGAACGUACGGAAAUUUUCAACUUAAAUCGUCACCAAGAAAUCCACAACCGACCCAUCCGUGUCCAAAAUACCGACCCCUAAAGGUGGGGGACAGCGCCUCCUUUCAAAAAAAUUUUAGUUUGUUAAAUCAACGUAGAGACUCGGAAAGAAAGUGUAUUCAUGGGUAAUCGACUCCAAGAAAUCCUAAUUUGAGGGUCCCGUUGUCUUCAGAGACUUUUCUGAUGGGGCAUAGGAGACUCUGAACUUUUCAUUUUAACUAGUUUAGGGUUUACCCCUGUGCCCCAUCAGAAAAGUCUCAGAGGACAACGGAGCUCUCAAAAUCUGAUUCCUUGGGGUCGAUUACUUAUGAAAACACAUUUAUUCCGAGUCUACGUUAAUUUAACGAAUUUAAAUAUUUUUUGAAAGGAGGCGCUGUCCCCCACCUUUAGGGGUCGGUAUUUUGGACACGGAUGAGCCGAUUUUGGAUUUCUUGGUGACGAUUUAAGUUAAAAAUUUCCGUACGUUCUGAUUCCGACGAAAUAAUUUCAAAAUGUUGACAUAAAGCCUAAUUUUUUAUGUACGGACCCCCUUUUACACCCCCCCCCUCCCCAUGGGGAAUCUGAGACCAUGAAAUUCGGAUUCCUUGCGGUCGAUUCCCUGAUCGAUUAUAAUAUUUUCCAAGACAAUCAAUAGAAAAUUUUGAAGUGAAAAGAAAGUAAUGUAAUGAGAUCACUAAGAGUAUUCCAGAGCUACAAUUCAAGGGUUUGCUAUGAAUAUUUCCUUGUUUGGCAACUUUCCAUGGACUUGCUUGCUCUGUCUCUAAGACAGAAAUAAAGAAAAAUAUCUACGAAAUAAUAUUGUGAAAGAACCCAAAGCUUACCAUCUCUUUUUUCAUCAUAUAUUUUAUCUAAAAAGCUUAUCAUUUUUUAUUUUGAGAGAAUUGUAUUAUACGAGAAAUUAAUCUAUUCAUACUCUCAAGAGUUGUGUUUCAUAGUUUUUCUUUUUGAAGUAACAUUUUGUUGAACCCUUCAAUUAUACCCUUUCGUUGACUGUUAUUUAUUCUCUUUGUUGAUUUUACUCCGUUCUUCCUCUUGUGAGAUAAGUAAGUAUAGAAUGAAAUAUGGCUAAUUCAGAAGAACCAAUUAUCAUCUGCAGAUCAAUCAUGGACCUAAAUAAGUACGUAAUCAGAUUGAUUUAAGUUACCCACAGCCCUUCCAAUCCAAAUUACGUAACGUUGAUGAGACCUAGGCAUUUCAUUUACCAUUUUGCCUCUGUUGUAAAUUCUGUCGAAAAUGUUGUUCAGUGAAUAAGGCAAAAUGCUACAGAAUGGUUCUGUCUGUUUGCUGAAGUUAAUCAAUUCAUGUAAAACUCUUUUUUAAUCUCCUCUACACAAUUUUUCAGAACAACAUCUUAAUAACGAUAUUAAAUUCACCUAUCCUGUGCAUUUUUCGAUUGUCUCAUUACUUUAAGCAUAAUGAAAGUGCUGUGAAUUACGUAAGUUAAUAAAUUAUAUCUAAGUUAAGUGUAUGACACGUUGAUUUUUCUGUAAGAGUAUUUUAUUCAAUGAAAGUUUCAAAAAGUGUUAUUUUAUAAUAAGUAAGUAUUUUAAGUUUAAUGACUAUUUCAGGGCAAUGAGCAAUAUGGGGUGAAAAGCAACAAAAUAUCACGUAUCUGAGUCAAAACAAGUCAAAAAUUUCUCCUCAUAAUGUAAAUAUUCUGUGUUUAAUUUUUUUCUCGUGCCUAUCAGUCUUUUCAUCUGAUUGCUAAUCAAUCACUUAAAAAUGGAUGAUUAUUGAUCAUUAGUUUUUUAUCCCUUGCUCUCGUCCCCUCAUGUUCCCUUUGCAUAUUUUUUUUUUAACGAAUUCCUCAGUUUUGAUUAUUCUUGUGAAAAGGUGGUGUGGAUUUGAGGAAUUCUUCAAGCUGUAUUGGAAGCUUUUGUCCUCGCAAAAUCCUCAAUUAGCUACGGUUGCAUUAAAAUACGCUAAUUUUAAAAUUAAACAAAUCAGAUUUACAGCCCUGAUUCACGAGUCAUCAUGACCUCCCUUUUUCUUGGAAGCUUAAAUGACUUAAUCUCUUCUUUAUCUCUUCAAAGUUUUAGAGUCUUUGAGUGUUCCAAUGCUGCAUUUUUACCAUCUCAUUGUAAUCAGAUGCUCUGUCCAGAAUGCUGCAAUGAUGAAUCUAAAUGUCGAAUCGAAGGAGUUAUACUUUUAAGUCAAUACUCAAAAUGAAAGUUGGUACCUAUACCUUUGGUAGUUCAAAAGACACAUGAAAGCUUCUUAUAUGUGCUUCUCUGAAAAAAAGGAUUUAAGUAUGAAGUAUACUCUUAUUGUCCUUACCUUAAAAGAAGAUUUUUUUUUUAAUGUAAGCAACUUUACCUUUGGAUUGGGACCGUAAAAUUAUUUUGCUUGCUCCAAGAAGAUUGUUCAGAAACGGCGACUUAAAAAAUGUUUAUCACAUUUCUCUCAAUUCUAUUUCUGCAAAUCUGACAGUAUGAUUUUUUGAAACACCUUAAAGAGUAUGCAGUUUUAUACUACGCACAAACGAAAUAUUUUUUUCUUUAUUGCUAAGCCAAUGCAUAGUGCAUUUGAUAGAUAAGAUGGAGAGGGUCAGACCUAUCUUUUUAAUUUUAUUUUACUGCCCUUGCGCAAAAUUAAGGGAUAAAAUAGGUAUCUUAAGAAAGAAAACUGUCUGAACCUAAACACCGUACAUUUUAAAAGUCUGGUCACUUAAAAAAAUUGACACGUCUUUUCGUCUCAUAGAUAUUUAUCAAAUCAUCUCUCUUGUAGCUCUUCAUUAGGUAUUUUUACAAUCUUGAGUAUAUCUGCCAAUUAAUUCUAAAAUUAGUUUGCUUUGAAGAGUCAUGCCUGUGCUUAUUCAAUAUGUGGACUAUGAGUAAAUUUUUCAAUGAAAUUCAGUUCUUCGGUCAGAAAACAGCCAUGUUUACACACAGAAAAAUAUAUAACAAAAAAAAACAUUAGGUAAGAAGGGGGGAAAAUAUUUGUUUUACUUACUGGUUCUUGUUCAUCUUUCGAACAUAUAUAUAAAAUUCAGCAUGUUUUAAUGCUAUCAAAGUCGACCAAUCUAUUUCUCUCCCUCGAAUGUAAAUCAAAUUUCAAUUCUCUUAUUUUAUUUACAUUUUAUUUCUUUAAACAUCCACGGAUUUUAUCAUUUUCUUUCUAAAUUUUUAUUUUCUCUUUCCUUGGCCUUAACUUUGUUGUUUACUUAAUUUCUGAAAAUUAUUCCUAUGACGUCAUGGUUUUUAAUUGCUUGCCGUCCAGUCGAAUUGUAAGUACUUUUUCUGCUAAAAUAAAUUCCAGUGGAUGGUCACGAAAGUUAU